CACAUCAAUAUCCAGAUCUCAUUCUCAUACUAUCACAAAUCUAAUCUCAAUCUACCCUCAACGUCUACAAUCAAUAUGAUGUUCUCCAAUAUCAUCAGCUUGGCUUCCUGCCUCGCCCUUAUCCACGCUGCUCCUGUAUCUCCUCGAACUACCUCUGGCGUCAUUGUCUUCAACGGAGCAGCUGGUGCCUCAUAUUCACUCACCGUCCCUCUUGAUGGCUCCGACCAACCCACCAACAAUGCUCUCUCCAUCUCCAGUGUCUCCUCGGAUACUAUCGAUAUCGGAACACAAUGCACCCUCUACACCGUCGACUACCCUCCCGCUCUCGUCGAAGGCCCAACCGACACUUGGGUAGUCGGCCCACCUCAAACCGUCACCUCAAUCUCUUGCACUGGUGGCUCUCCACCACCUCCGCCACCAACCUCCAUCACCAUUGCAUUCAAUGGUGCGGAUCCGACUCUUGGAGCUACGUACAGUUUGACAGUUCCUCUUGAUGGAAGUGUUGUCGCUACCAACAACGUUCUCUCCAUCUCAACCCUCGUCUCUACCUACGCUGCUCUUGCAUCAAACUGCAACUUCGUCUCUGUCGACGGCUCAGCUGCAUUGGCCCCAAUCGCCGCUAACACCUGGGCUGUUGGUCCUCCUCAAACCAUUGAGAGCGUUUCUUGCCAUGCUUAAAUGCUAGCUUCAUCAUGGAGAUUCGAAUUAUACCUUUCAUUUGGGUCUUCGGUUAGGAAAAGCUGGGUCAGGAAAGGCGCACGGGGUGGGAAGCAUUUUGGCGGAACGAAUUUUGGUUUUUGGUUUUAACACAUUCCUUUAAUGCUAAUGCUUUUUCGUUCUUGGUUGCAUCGAGGGUUUUGCAUCUCCAGUUUGAGCUAGAAUGAAUGAUGACG